CACACACAAUGAACAACCUUCUCUCUCUCUCUCUCUCUCUCUAAAAUCGAAACCCAACCUUUUGCUUCUAUCUCCGAAUCCAAAUUGGCAGCGGCGAUGGCAACAACAUCCGUAGUUCCGGCGAAUCGCCGGCGAACGGUUACUUCCAACGAGGAUAUGGACUUCGAGACAAUAGAAGGUGUGAAAGCCAUUGGAAGCUUCGAAGAGAUGGGUAUAAAAGACGGUUACUGUUUGUCAGGUUGUUGAUACCUCCGUGAGAGACUUCAUUGUACGUUUAGAGUUUUCAAAGUCCUCUUUGCCGCUACAGCCGCCAUCUUCGCAUUCAGUCGCUGUUGGUUUUCUCCUCAUCUUCAUCUAUCGUGCCGACACUUCUUAACCUACAGAAGUUUAACAAGUUCAUUCGUCAACAUAAGGAGAGUUUGAAGGAUGAAAGAGUUUUGGAAGCCAAUAUAGACGAAGCUAUAACAUUCUAUGGGGAUGAUGAGGUUACGCUUCGACCUGAGACUAAGGUUAACUCAUAUUCCAUCACCAUCGCUGACCAAACAGAGUGGGAUCACUGUCAUUGGACUUCUGGGGCGAAGUAUGAAAUGACUUUUGAACUUAUUGAGGAGAAAAGUAUAUUGAAGAAGGCAAGAAUCGCCGAAGCUCUCAUUUUCGCCGUUAACCACCGUGACCCGAAUAAAUUAGUUUUAUUCGACAAAGGUUCUCCUACUAAAUCUGGUAAGCUUAAAUUUUGGCACAACCAAGUUGGUCAACCUGGAAACGGUUUCUUUGAUUCGAACGGGAAUAUUCUUCUGCGGGUUCAGCUUCAGUUAUUGCCCUACGGCCCUGACCGGGAGGAGACAUCUUUCCAUUCUUUGCACAGGCAAUUCCGCCUACAACUCUAUUGGAUCAAGAAGAAAGUGAUUGACAAGUCAUUUUCUAAACUGUUUGCAUCUCAUACAACCUACGUAGAAAAGGAAUCACGUUCUGCUGAUUGGGAGAGUUAUCUGAAAGAUUCAAGUCAGGAGUUAAAAGUGAGCAAAAAAAGAUUAUGGGAAUACUUAUGGAAAUAUUUUAAUAAUGAUUAUUGUUUGAUUGAUAUCAUUAAGCAUGGAAUGAAGAAAACAAAGUCUUUUUUAAAUCUAGUGGAAGCAGCUGACUAUCACCUAUCGGGUCCUCUUGGUGAAUUCGUUGCCAAGCCUAAAUACUUACCUAUCCAAGAGUUAACCGAGGAUUUGACACUGAAUAAUGUAUUGAAAUUUGAAAAGGACUUGGUAAGAAGUGGCUGGAAUGUGUUUCUAUUUAUUUUUCUGAAGCUCACAUUACAUGACAGCUUUUUGAAGUUUCGUAAACAAACUGGACAACAAACCAAUCAGGAAACUGAACAUGUUCCAGCUCCAGGAGUUGACAGUGGUGGUUCUGCCAAAAUUGAACAUGUUUCAGCUCCAGCUGAUAGUGUUGGUUGUUCCGAAACUAAAGCUGAUGUUCCCGACAAGGGUGGUUCUGCGGCAGAUAUGAUUUAUGAAAACCAAGCUGGUGUGGACAUUAAAGAAUUAUACUAUGAGGUACUAGUUCCUGGCAUUGCUGCUCUUGGUACAACAUUAAACGAGGGUGUGAACAAGAUAAGGGAAAAACAUCACUUCACCCGUGAAGUAUCAGUUAUGGUAGAUAGUUUGUUCACUAACGUCCAAGAAAAUGCUUUGGAGGUAUUUAAUCAGGAAGUGAAUAAUAGCAGAAUUGAUGAUCACAAGUUUGACGUGCAAAGUAUAAAGUUCAAACCAAAGCCUACCGCUAAGAUCAAAGAUGACACAGAAUUGGAAGCCGAAGCCCGCAGGAUUGGGAGAUUGGGGGAAAAGUAUGCAUAUGAAUAUUACAAGGACAGAUACAAUAAUGUCCUCUGGGUGAAUGAAGAUGAUGAAGUAUUUCAACCAUUUGACUUGACUGGUUUUGAUAAGAAAAACAAUUCCAAAUUUUUUAUCGAAGCCAAGGCCACCAUUCAUAAAAGAAAGAAAUGGUUUCAUAUUUCCCCGGCUGAGUAUCAUUGGGCUAUGAAGAAACAGUCAAAUUAUAUUAUUGCUCAUGUUUACAUAGAUGAGAAGGAGGGGGCAGAACCAAAAUUCACGGUGACAGAAUUUAUUAAUCCUACUGGUCGUAAUAGUUUGCUAAAACUCUGUAUGAGGUACAAGUAAUUGUAAUGACUGUUGACAUAUUGUGUCAAAUUAAACAUUGCCAACCUGGCUAUAUUUGGUGCA